AUGGACGACCACGCAGUCCUGUCGGACUCGGAGCUGGCCGCCGUGCUGCGCAGUACAACAUCCCACACGGGCCCGUCGUUGGUACGCGGUUCCACUCGCAAGCUCUACGAAAAGAAAAUCUUCGAGUAUGAGACCCAGAGGCGGAGGCUCUCGCCCCCGAGCUCGUCUGCAUCCUCUUUCUCCUAUCGGUUCUCGGACGUAGAUUCGGCGUCCAUGGACUCGGAUAUGUAUGAUCUGCCCAAGAAAGAGGACGCCUUACUUUACCAGAGCAAGGGCUAUAAUGAUGACUACUAUGAGGAGAGUUACUUGACCACCGGGACUUAUGGGGAACCUGAGUCUAUGGGCACAUCCAAGGUGUGGACUGAGGGUAUGACCUGUCAUACCUACAUCGACCCCGCCAAUAGGUAUCCUCACUCUGAUUCACUUCUGUCGGUCCGUGAUGACAAUCUUUUCUCUUUGGAAGAGGAAGGCAAGGAUCGGGAACACCUCCUGUAUGGCCAGAACAGUGCCCACCAGAACAUCGCACACUACCGCCCUAUUUCCAACAUCUCCAGAAGCUCCCUGGGCCUGUCCUAUUAUCUCACAUCCUCCUCCACCUCGAGUGUGUCCUCGUCUUCAUCUUCGGCCCCUUCAUGGCUCACCCGCCGAGCCAUCCGGCCUGAAAAGCAGGCCCCUGGGGCUGCCGGCCUGGGCCAGGAUCGCCAGGUCCCGCUCUGGGGCCAGGUGCUGCUGUUCCUGGUCUUUGCUGCCUUCCUGCUCUUUGUUUACUACUCCAUGCAGGCCGAGGAUGGCAACCCCUUCUGGGCAGAGCCCUAA